AUGACAUCAAACUGGACUCAAUCCCCAAAGAUACUAAGGAGGUUGUCAUCAAACACCUUGUUGACAACACCCCCACCCGGCAGGCAGGUGUCCGCCGUCUCAGUGGCUGCAGAAAGUACAGCUACAGAAUGCCAUGAUGUCCUAAAUCAGGUAUAUGGUCUGGCUGUAGAUGCUGACGACCUCUACACACUAUUUAGGGAAACGUACCAAACUAAGGGAGAAUUACCUUCAAAGUUUCUAAUGCGCUUAGAUGAGAAUCUUACUAGGGCAAUUAAUGUAGGGGCAGUAGGCGUAGCCCAGGCUGACAAUUUGAGGCUGGCCCAAUUCAUCAGGGGCCUAAUUCAUGAUGAGCUACUAUGCUCUACACUUAACCUAAAACAUAGAAAACCAAAUCCCCCUUCGUAUUUAACCCUAAUAAAAGAAGUUAGGAAUGAGGAAAUAAACAGUAGGGCCAGGGCUGAGAAGCGUAAUACCCAAACAACGACUCUAUCUAAUUCUAAGGCCAUUACUGCGGCCACAACACUUAACUAUGAUGCUCUUAGCCAUGAGGUCGACGUCCUUAGGGAAGAACUUGACAGGAUGAAAUCAACCCCUGCUCCAACUAAACCCUUCACCAAUCCCAACCCACAUACUCCAUCUGUUAGGAGGAAUAAUGCUCCAAAUAAGAUAUGCUACAAUUGUGGCGAGAGUGGACACCAUAUGAGGUUGUGUACAAAGCCGACAAAUGCUGCUCUUGUGCAACGUAAAUUAGCUGAUAGGUUUACUAAUUCGGGAAACGCCAGAGGGUAA